AUGACAACUAUUCGUAAGAAGUUGGUCGUUGUUGGUGAUGGUGCAUGUGGCAAAACAUGUUUGUUGAUUGUUUUUACCAAAGACCGUUUUCCAGAAACCUAUAUACCAACUGUGUUCGAGAACUAUGUGGCCAGUAUGGAAAUUGGUGGUAGGUUUGUGGAAAUUGCCUUAUGGGAUACAGCAGGUCAGGAAGAUUACGACCGAUUGCGCCCUUUGUCAUAUCCAGACACCGAUGUCGUACUUAUAUGUUUUGGAAUAGAUGAUCCGGACAGCUUGGCGAAUGUAACGGAAAAGUGGUACCCUGAAGUGCGCCACUUCUGUCCAAAUGUGCCGAUACUCUUGGUUGGAAACAAAAAAGACCUGAGAUGCGAUGAAGGCACAAUUCAUGAACUUGCCUCCCUGAAUCAAGAACCUGUCUCCGUAGAAAAAGCGUAUUAUGUUGCUCAAGCAAUUAAUGCCUAUGGCUACAUCGAGUGCUCUGCUAAAUAUAAAGACGGAGUAACCCAAGUAUUCGAGGUAGCUGUUAGAGCAGCUUUGGAAAAGCGAAAGAAAAGAGUUUGCGUUUUGCAAUGA